AAACAUCUUCCAUUUGUUGACAUUUUGGCCGAAUGAUCUGAGUAAAUAAAUAGAUUGUUUCAUAAUUAUGAUGUAAAUGUAAUAAGUAUGGCAGCUCGUAUAAUUUUACAAGCAUUAAAUGAAUAUCAAACGGCACGCUUACGAUUCGUUCAAUCUAUCUCGGACUUGGCAUCAAAACCUCACAAUGUUCCUGCAUUAGAAACUGCAGGAGUUUUGAAUUUAUUGCGACCAUUACUACUAGAUGUGGAACCAUCUAUUCAGCAAACAACAAUUAUAGCCAUUAGUAAAAUGGCUAAUUACAAUCAGAAAGUUGCCUAUGCCGUAAUACAACAAGACGUCAUUCCACCACUAUUACAAAAUAUUGGAAAACAAAACGAAUUUUACAAAAAAGCUGUAUUAUUUUUACUUCGUGCCGUAGUUAAGCAUUCGCCAGAAUUAGCUGAUAUCAUAAUAAAAGAUGGGGGAUUAGAAACAAUUAUACUUUGCUUAGAUGAUUUCAAUGUUCGAGUCAAAGAAGCAGCAGCUUGGGCACUUGGAUACAUUGCCAGGCAUAAUCAAGUUUUAGCUCAAACCACUGUUCGUGCAGGUGCAGUUCCACUGCUCGUGAUGUGUUUGCAGGAGCCGGAACUAUAUCUUAAACAAAUAAGUGUAUCAGCUUUGUGUGAUAUAAGUAAACAUUCACAAGAAUUAGGACAGAGUAUUGCUGAUGCUGGCGCAAUAGCUUUUCUUGCAAAGUCAUUAACUAAUCCUGAUAUUAAGUUGAAGCGUCAGAUAUUAUUAACUCUCGGUAACAUUGCUAAACAUUCAGCUGAUUUAGCAGAAUCAGUCGUUGAAGCUGAAAUUUUACCUGACAUUUUAUUACUCAUGACACAUUUUGAUGACAGCAUACGCAAAGCAUCUGCUAUUCUUAUUCGGGAAAUUUGUAAACAUUCUUUAGAGUUAGCUCAAUUAGUAGUGAAUUCCGGAGGAGUAAAGUCUCUUAUAGAAUUAAUUUCCGUUUCAAAUUCAUCAUCUAAAUUACCAGGAAUAAUGGCGUUAGGAUAUAUAGCAGGCCAUUCAGAUCACCUAGCAUCAAUGAUCAUUACAUCAAAGGGUGCAGUUCAAUUAUCAACAUUAUUACAACAGGAAACGAAUGAUAUUGCUCUUGCAAUAAUAAUUUGGACCUUGGGACAAAUAGGAAAACACGACUCAGAGUGUGUUAAAGCAAUUACUGAUACAAAUAUAUUACCAAAAUUAUUACAGUUUUACUGCAAUCCGAAAAGCUCUGAUGAUCUAAAGAAAAAAAUUAAAACUAGUUUGAAAUAUAUUGUAAAAAAUUGUCAAAAUACUGAAGCUCUUGAACCUUUAUUGAAUAACGGUCCACCAGAAAUACUGAAAUAUGUUUUAGGACAAUUUAGUAAGAUUUUACCACAUGAUCCACGAGCUAGAAGAAUUUUUGUUACAAGUGGAGGAUUAAGAAAAAUUCAAGAAAUUAAAGUAGACCCUGGUUCAUCAAUUUUUGAGUACAUGAACAUAAUAUAUUCCUGUUUUCCAGAAGAAAUCAUCAGAUAUUACUCUCCUGACUUUUCGGAUGUUAUAUUAGAAAAAGUUGAACAAUAUCAACCUAAAGUUAUUUCUUCUACUACUGGAAAUGAAUGUAAACAAUUAUCAGAAACAUCUGAUUCUAGUUUGUCACUUAACUAUGAUGAUUAAGUGGAGAAUAAAAAUAUUUUUAUAUAAAAUAAAACAUUCAUAGAAAAAAUAUAGAUCAUUUUUAAGGAACUUAUAUGAUCGGAAAAAAAUUAUAAUAGAAAUAUUUAUUAUUUU